CUAAACUCCACCAACAAGCAUGGCGGUCACGAAACGCGUUUGUAUUUACACCGAAGAGGAUGUUGCAAACCACAAGUCCGCCAAAAGCUGUUGGAUAACCUGCCGUGGAAAGGUGUACGACGUCACUGGUUUCGUGCCUGACCACCCAGGAGGAGACGACCUCAUUCUCGCCCAUGCUGGAACAGACGUAGAAAGUAUCAUGAAGGAUGGGGAUUCUCAUGAUCACUCUGACUCUGCGUAUGACAUGUUGGAGGAAUACGUGAUUGGACGGUUGGGGACGGAGGCAACGGUUGUCAGAGAUGACUGGGAAGCUCCAGAUGACUUCCACCCCGAAGACACUAACUCUGCGGAGGAUUUUGAGAAGACACAGUUUUUGGACCUGCGCACGCCCUUACUGCAGCAAAUGUGGCAUGCCAACUUUAGCAAAUCCUAUUAUCUCAAGCAAGUUCAUCAACCACGGCAUUUGCAAGAGUCUGCUCGUCUCUUUGCCUACGAUAUAUUUGAGGUGUGCACACGGACCGUGUGGUAUGCGGUACCACUGAUUUGGCUACCAAUUACCGCAAAUCUGUUCCUUCGAUCCAUGCUCCAGUUCAAUGGCCCCAUACCCACCUUCAUGUCCAAUCCUCUACUCCCAUUGUCACUCACGUCAACCGUAACAUUAGACGCAUUUGCUAAAACCCUUCCAUGCUUCUUCUUGGGGAAUUUCAUAUGGACAAUUCUAGAAUAUGGGAUGCAUCGUUUCCUGUUCCAUAUCGACGAGUUCCUGCCCGACCACUAUGCGUUUUUGACACUUCACUUUUUGCUUCACGGUAUCCAUCACUAUAUGCCUAUGGAUAGACUCAGGCUCGUCAUGCCGCCUGUAAUGUUUGGAAUCCUCCAAGCUCCAUUCACUCGCCUCGCAUAUAUCCUGUUCCCCACUCCAGUCGCUAACGGUAUCAUCGCUGGUUCAUUCGCGUUUUAUGUCGUCUACGACUGUAUGCAUUAUGCACUUCACCACACGAAAUUACCUGCAUACUUGCGGCACAUGAAGAAAUACCAUCUUGCACACCACUACAAGAACUUCGAGCUAGGUUUCGGUGUUACCAGCAAGAUCUGGGACUACGUCUUCAAAACCGUCCUUCCCGUAUGAGUUUGCUUUAUGGCCGUUGCGACUGAACAUCCUUGUUUCUUACAUUUCAUCACCUCAUCUUAUUGGGCGUCUUCAGUACAUUUACUUACACUUCGCGGACUAAUAUAACGUUCAUCGCUCACGGAUUAAUGUUUUCAAUUAUCAUCUCCAUUUUAGUUGAAA